CAGAGAUCCAUCUGCUUCUGCCUACUCAGUGCUGGGAUUAAAAGCAUGCACCGCCACUACCACACAAAUACCCUUUUGAAAAGGUAAUAAUACUUGAUUUCUCAAGUAUUUUGAAAUUAUUUAGCCCACUCAAUUCCAACUCCAUGGUGACCUAUAAAUCCUGUGCCUCACUGGCCAAAGGUAAUGUCAGUUAUGGUAAUUCUUCAGGACAUUACCAUGGUUACUAGAACCCAGUGCUCCGGAGUAGACAUUCUGAAAAGAAGGAGGCGCUGAGAUGGCUUUCUUCAACUUAUAUCUAUUAGGAUACCAACAGUCCCUUCGGUCUAAAAAGAGAAACGCAACCAAAGAAACAAACCUGGAGGAUGGAGUGUCUAGGCUUCCCCCGAUCAUCUCAACAGACGGUAAUUAUUCCGUACACCAGAAUAGCCACGAGAGGUACCAGGAAGCUGUACGGAAGACGCUGCUAAAAACAUUCCCCAAUCAGGUCUUCAGAGUCCCAGUGACUGAUGCUCAGAACUUCAGCUUCUGGCGGCCCCAAAAUCCAGGCGUGCGUCCAGAGGAAGCCAUCCCAUGGAUGCAGGGUCCACGCCAUUGUCUCAUUAAAAGCCCAAUGACCAGAUAUAUGGAUCAUUCUAUUCUCAACGAUAAGACCUUCACUCUAUACUGAGGAGGGGUGACGGUGGCCCAGUUCUCAGGCUGACGAGAAGUGGGAACCGAGCGGGAGGAAGCACAAUAAACAAACAGAACUAAAA